AUGGUUCCUACCAGCUCACCCUUCCAAAGCUGGAUUCUAGAGGAGAAUGUGCCAAUGGUGAAACUCCCGGUGCAUGUCACUUAUGACGGAACUUCGGACCCGGAGGAUCACAUUGCCUCUUAUGAGGGGCACAUGUACCUUAACCCAAGGUCCGAGGCAACGUGGUGCAAGUACUUCCCAACCACUCUUAAGGGUGUUGCACAAACGUGGAUCACCAAAGGAGUAAUGGAAAGCUCAAUAACUGGUUGGAAUGAUCUUUCCAACAAAUUCAAGAGCAAGUUUUCUACGGCAAAUCGCCGAGAGAAAACGACUAUAGAACUGAUGUGUCUACAGCAAGGGGAGGACGAGGGCCUCCUAGACUAUCUGACUCGCUUCAGUAAUGAGUCGUCUAAAAUCACAAGUCUGGACCAAGGGCUAAUCAUCUUCGCACUACGGAACGACCUGCAAGUUGAAAAGUUCUUUGACUUCAUGGUCAUGCAUCCACCGCAGACCAUAGAGGAAGCUCUGGAUGCCUCAGACAAAUUCAUCCGAGCCGAAGAAUGGAACAAAACCAAAUCCCAAUUCCAAUCCGAAGCUAGGAAGGCAAAAGGACAGCAGUUCGAAGGCCAGGGCCAGAGGAAAGGGAAGGCGAAAGCCUCAGAACCGUCCUUGGCUACUGAGCCGAAGAAAGAAAAAACCCCAUUCUUGGGGAGAUAUGAAUCAUAA